UAUCGAAAUAUUCGGUUUUUUCCCCAAGUUGACAGGUCUGCGCUAAAUCGCUGGCAAAGUACUCGAGAAUCGACAGCCGUUAAAAUUCUCAGAUUAGAUUUGUUGUUUUUAAAUGUUUGUGUACAAAAAAUUAAGGAACAUUGAAUAAAAGUAAAGCAAACAGUAAGAGUAGUAAACGAAACCUAUAAUGUGGAGUUAAAUUGUGUCGCAGUCGAGCAGCUGCAGCUGCAAGCCUUUCUCCAUGCCGCAGCGGAGUUGAAAAAUCGAUUUUUCAAACACGAAUUGGAAAUGAGCAGGAUGUGCCAUUAACAAAAGAAUUACUGUCAUAGAACGCAUUAAAAUCACGCCAACACUAUGCCUGAGAACUUGGAACUGCAUCAGUUCGUGGACGGGACGCGAAUAGGGGACAUAUCAAAUCAAUGGCUGGAGCGCAUAAAGAGUCGCGUCAAAUGUCCCUAUCUGGGCAUCAUACUGGCCACCCUCUCCUCCCUCUUCUUCUCCCUCUGCUCAGUCAUAGUCAAAGGUCUUGUCGAUGUCAAUCCCAUGGAGCUAGCAUCGUUUCGUUUCGUUGGCGUGCUUUUACCCGCCAUCCCCAUCCUCAUAUAUACUCGACAACCGGUGUUUCCCGAGGGCAAGCGGGUAAUUCUGCUGCUACGCUGCUUUAUGGGCACCACGGGCCUGAUGCUCAGCUUCUAUGCCUUCCGGCACAUGCCACUCGCGGAUGCCAGCGUCAUUAUCUUCUCCACGCCGGUGUUUGUCGCAAUCUUCGCGCGCGUCUUCCUCAAGGAGCCGUGCACGCUCUUCAAUGUGGUCACCAUCAAUAUGACGCUGCUCGGAGUCGUUCUCAUCACACGCCCGCCACUCGUCUUUGGUGACGCAGUGCCUCCGUCUGUAGUCGAUAUCUCGGACAGCGCCGCUAGUGAAAGGUAUGCGGAAAAAAGCUACGACAUCUGGGGACCAGUUGCUGCCAUAUCCUCGACGCUGUUUGGUGCCAAUGUAUACAUUCUGCUUCGUGCUCUUAAAAAUCUACACUUCUCCGUGAUCAUGACCAAUUUUGGAGCCAUCGCCUUAGUCUACACUCUCAUCGUCUGCGGCUCCAUUGGCGCCGUUUGCUGGCCCAGCUGUGGACGCGAUCGCUGGCUGGUCGUCGUCCUUGCCAUCUUCAGUUUCCUGGGGCAAAUCCUGCUGACACUGUCGCUGCAGGUGGAGCAGGCGGGUCCAGUGGCCAUCGCACGGUGUGCUGACAUCGUGUUCGCCUUCAUCUGGCAGAUGAUGUUCUUCGGCGAAGCGCCCAAUGCGUACUCUCUUUUUGGUGCCCUAAUGGUCGUCAGCUCGGUGAUUCUAACUGCCAUGAAGAAGUGGGCGAUGACUUUGCCGAGGGAGUCGUCGCUGCGCAAACGAUUGCGUCUCAUUUUGCUGGAAUAGAGGACUGGAUGUUGUAGUGAUAGUUAUUGAUAGUUAAUGGACUCGGACCCGACUCGUUUUGUGGUUUCUCUAAACUAGCGUCGUACUUUGAAAAAAUCAAAUUUGAGCAGAGGAAACACAUUUUGGGGGAACAAUGCUCAACAUUAAAUUCGAUUCGUACACUUAGACUUUAAAUAUUGAAAUGCUCAUUUAGUAUAUUAUAAUGGUGCAUUGAACACACAUACUACAUAAUGAAGUAAAAAGUUUUAAAGUUCGAGCGUGAUACUCAUACCAUCAAAACAAAACAAAAGAAUAGUAAAAAUAAUAUUCAUACAUAUGACUAUGAUAUACACACAUUACACGUACUUAUAGCGUAACUAUUGUAUUUGCUUUAGUUUAGCCAAAUUCAUUGAGUUGUUGUUUUGUACAUUGUUAUACAUGCUUACACUACAGAAAGUAUUUCCAUCAACAUAAACUAAUAAAUCAA